CGAGUUGGCAUUGUACGGGAGAAUCCAUCUUGAAGAGCAGUCUCCGAUUGUUCCAGCAAUAAAGGGUUCAGUGUACCAUCAUGUCUGACACCGAGCAGCAGUUCAUGGAAACCUCAGAAAAUGGCCACGAAGGCGAGGAGGACUUGAACGGAGCCGAGCCUACGGAACAGACGGAAGCGGUCGCCGAGGCUGAAGCUGAGGGAGAAACUGAAGCCGAAGGGGAGGAAGCCACGACAGAGGGGGAUUCGCAAAACGGCGCAUCAGAAGGCGGACAAAUCAACGCAAGCAAGGGCGAGGAGGAUGCGGGGAAAAUGUUUGUUGGUGGACUGAGCUGGGACACCAGCAAGAAAGAUCUCAAAGAUUACUUCUCGAAAUUUGGUGAAGUUACAGACUGCACCAUAAAGAUGGACCCCAACACAGGACGAUCGAGAGGCUUUGGGUUUAUUCUAUUUAAGGAAUCAUCCAGUGUGGACAAAGUGCUUGAGCAGAAGGAACACAGGUUAGAUGGACGGCAGAUUGACCCAAAGAAGGCUAUGGCUAUGAAGAAGGAGCCAGUAAAGAAAAUCUUUGUUGGUGGUCUGAAUCCAGAGACAACGGAGGAGAAGAUUCGGGAAUAUUUUGGAACAUUUGGAGAGAUUGAAUCCAUUGAGCUUCCGAUGGACCCAAAGACAAACAAAAGGCGGGGAUUCGUCUUCAUCACAUUCAAGGAAGAGUCACCUGUCAAAAAAGUCCUUGAAAAGAAAUACCAUAACGUUAGCGGAAGCAAGUGCGAGAUAAAAAUCGCCCAGCCCAAGGAAGUGUAUCAGCAGCAGCAGUUUGGUGGCCGUGGGGGUGGAUAUGGAAGAGGCAGGGGUCGUGGUGGCCAGAACCAGAACUGGAACCAAGGCUACAACAACUACUGGAAUCAGGGCUACGGCAACCAGGGCUAUGGCUAUGGUGGUCAGCAGGGCUACGGUGGAUAUGGAGGUUACGGCAACUAUGACUACUCUGCGGGGUACUAUGGCUAUGGUGGAGGCUACGACUACAACCAGGGCAAUACAAGCUAUGGGAAAACUCCAAGACGUGGAGGCCACCAGAGUAGCUACAAGCCAUACUGAUCACAUGUAGUGCAGGACUAAAGUAAUUAAGAGCAAGAGCCCGAGGUCCGGCAACAGCAAACGUGGGGUCUGACUUUCCUUUGGAGUUGGCAGAAUUACAGACUCGUGCUCCAUUUGUACAGAACAAGUGAGGAAUUGGGGAAGCAAAUGUCACUUUUCCACUUUUAUUUUAUAUUGUUUUGUGUCCAUAUACAUUUCCAGAGAUGGAAGUGUUAUUUUUACUGUACUUUUUGGUACCUUUUUUGAAUCUAAUGUAUUGUAUGGUUGUAUUUUACAUGUCUACUGGAUUUACCACAAACGAGAUCAGAGCCGCCAGCGCUCUGGAAAUAAACAAUUUUGAGUAAUUUUUUCGGUGUUUCUAGAUUUUUAGUUUCUCCUUGUGCCGAGUGUCUGCAAGUUGCAUGGCUACAGAGCUGUGGGAGGGGGUAUAAGAUAAAAAGGGAUUAAACUAAUCAAAGAUUUCAUUGUAAGCUUGUCUAGUGAAUGUCAGCAGUUGGCUAGUAGAGGGCAACCAGCAUUUUUUUUUUUUUUUUUUGGCUUUUAAGGAGUUUUACAAACUUUUUUUUUUUGUCUGCGGUUGAAAGUGGCUUUGAUAGUGUUAAAGUAUAACAUUAAGCUUAAGCCUGUAAAUGUAAGAGGGCACUCCCUCUCUCACUGGAAACUCAUUCCUCUAGUGUCUUGGGCAAAUUGUUAGAAAUAAACUUUUGGUUUAUA